UGAUCUACAAAGCAGUUGUCCUGGAGAGGACCACGGAUUAGUAACAUUACCAUAACGUGCAGAUCUGCGGAGCCACAUUCACUUGGGCGCCUAGCGCUGUUUUUAGAAGGAAACAAUACAGCCGCGUGUUUUCUGCAAAAAGGCCUCCCUUUAUCGUCUAAUAUGUAAAGAUUAUAGCAAGGAGUUUUAAGGUUUACUGCACUCCGCGCGUUCGUGUGAUGAUUUGUGUGAUGUGCAAUCACUAGUAGUAUUGGCGCCUUUUCAGAUGCUUGCAGUCGCACGCGCAGCCGCGGUGUCCAGCUGAAACUCUAUAACGGGGUUCGGUUACACACCGGAGGAGGAUGGUGGCGGAGAUGGCGAGCUGCGGGGCUGCUUCCCACCUGGAAGACGGAGAUGGAGACGUUCCCGCGCUGGAAAGCAAAGAUAACCUGUCAGAGAGUGACAGCAACAGUUCAGACAACCAUGGUACAUCCACUGAGGACAGCUCAGAGGAAGACGACGAAGAGGAAGAGGAGGAGGAGGAGGGGGAAGAAGAAGAGGAGGAGGAGGGUUCUGGGCAUGUAGAAGUGAAUGGAGAAGAAUCAGAAAACCAAAAGGCCAGUGCAGAGGAGUCUGGGAGCAGAGCCGCAGAUUCUCCUCAGACAGAGGCUCUGAAUGGGAAAGAGGCCAGUUACAAGUUAUACUGUGAAAAAUGUAAAGCCAUCCAGAAGACCCAUGGAAGCGAGCUUGUUACCCCCUGCAGGAUCUCAAGGGGACGGCUGCAGGUGCAGCUGGAAGCAGACGUCUCGUACGAGUGUUCCGCCACUGGCCUGGUUUUUGAAGCAACCGAGCCAGUCCUGGUGCGGUAUUCCAUCUUGUCGUGGUCCAAGUUUGCUGGGUUCCUGGGGAAUUCCUGGAAAUUUGCCGGACCCAUCUUCAAUGUGGAAACUGUGAAGAAAGACGCGAGUGUGCUCAAAUCCAUCCAGUUCCCUCACUGCGUCUGCCUGGCUCAUCCAGAAAAUGAGAUGACCUUUGGCAUCCUGCACGUAAAGGGAAACCGUCCACUCAUUGAGCCAACUGUGGACCACUCGGGCAGCCAUGUUAAGUGGAAUGUGACGUCCCUGUCCCCUGUGGGUCCCAUCAUUCAGACUCCCCAGCCCGUGGACCGCCAUGGGGUGGUUCUGGUUUACAAACAGCUUGGCAGCUCCUUGCACAACUACAGCUUCCACAUCUACUUGGCCACAAACAGUGCGUCUGACAUCAAGGAUAUAGCCAAACAGGUGCGGGCUUGCAAAAAUCGCUACAUCAAGAUAGAUAAGCCCCCCACGUGUAAACUGGAUGAAGGGACUUAUCGCCUCCUGAGCGAGCCAGAAGGGGAUAUCAAACCUCAGGAGUUGAACUUCACUCUCGCAGUGACCAAAAUGAAGGGCUACUUUGAAGCUUUCUUUGAGCAGCCGCCUCCUUUUAAAUUGUCCCUGAUAGAAACGAACACAGAAGAGACUGUGUGGUCUGCGACCAUCAGAGAAGGUGAUUGUGUCGACCACACUGAUAAGAAGCCAAGGAAGCGGACAAUCUCAGACAGAAAGAGGAGCAGCAGUCCAUCAGAAGAAGAAGACAACUUUAAAAAACCUCGAUGGGAGGAUCAUUCAGAUGGUGUUAAACCAGUGGUGACUCAGGACCAGAGCAUGUCAGAGAGGCAGCUGCUGCUGGUGGCCAAUCAGCUCGGGAAGGAGUGGAAACAGGUGGCCAUCUUUCUUGACUGGACCUCUAAGGAGCUGGACAACAUUCAGGCGGCGGAGAAAGACGUGGUGAUGCAGAAGCAUAAGAUGCUGGUGGGGUGGAAGAACAGAAGAAGACCUGGAGAAGCUACAGCCUACCACCUGUGGGAUAGCAUUAAAGGCCUUGAAUUACCAAAUGAGGUUUAUCAGAUACUACGAGGUAUGGACAGCCGAAUAAGAUAGCGAAAGCCUAUAAACUCCAUGAACUGCUGCUUAACCUCAGGAGUGCUGCAAAGCAGAGCCCACCUGUGGACCAAACAUCCUUUUUUCUCUUUAGGUUGGACUUUUUACACAUGAAUGAAUGAAUGAAUGAAUGAAUGAAUGAAUGAAUGAAUGAAUGAAUGAAUGAAUGAAUGAAUGAAGAGUUUUCAGGGGAAAAAACCAACUGACUUUACUUUGACGUGGCAUUUUUCAUUCCGAUCAUGUUAGAGUGAGGUAUUUUGUUUCUGUAAUGACUACAGAAUAGGGACAUAUGUGUGACGGUACCUUUGUGUAACCAGGUUAGAAGCGUGACCUUCUGGAAGUCAGAGGUCAUUUGAAAUAAUCGGUAGCUAAUAAUGUAGCCCUCCUGCAACAGGAAAGGUUUGUAAGAAUCCAAUCAGGGAAUAUCAUUUUGCUUUCAGAUUUUGGCAAAGUUUUAGUAAAACAAAACAAAAAGAUGUUUAUGUGAUAAUUUUUCUAAAAUAGACUGAAUUGUAGCACUAUUUUAUGUCUGAACUUUUGGUCUAUUUGUACAAAUAUUAAUGGUGCACAUCUCGUUAUAUAGAAAUCCUUUUUUACGUCUGUAGAUUAUUUUUUUAAACUGUCUUUUGUGCGUACGAGUAUGUUGUUUAAUACUUUUGUUAAAGAUGAUUAAGCUUCAAAAGGUUUAAAUUAGGGGUUUUCAUGUUUUGACUUGAAUCAGGAAGUGUUUCCUGCUCCUGCCAUCACUAAAAUGCACACCUUAGGUUUGUAAACUAUAAUGAUGUAUAUUAUAGAGUAAAAUGAAAAUACAUUCGAUUUUGUAUUUAAUCUUCACUAAUACUGGAAAUUGUCCAGUUUUCCAAUAAGCUUUUAUAUCUUUAAAACAAACUAAGUUGUCAAUACUGGAAAAAACUCAGUACUUUUCUAAAACCACUAACACAAAAAAGCAUUAGAAAAAAAAGAAUGUGUAGUUUGGGAUCUUCCAAGCAAAUAUAUUCUGAAAGAUCUGGCUCAAGGAGAAUUCUUUUUUUUUGUCAGAGUAAAAAAUUUUCUAGUGUUCUUAAAGCAGCAAAGAAAAACCAAAUGAAGGCUUCUUUAAAAAAAACAUUAAUUUGAGUUAAAACCCUACCAAAAGGAAGUUUGAACUCUGCAGAAAAUUAAUCAAAAUGUUUAAAAACAAAGCUCUAGCGGAAGCUGGCAUUGAACGUUUUUUACUCUGAGGUGAAUCUCAGUUUUCCGCCAUUCUCUGUGAACCUUUUACUCUCCAUUUUUUAUAUUUAAUAUCCUAAUUUCCCAUUUUGUGCAGUCUAGCUAAUUUUGUGCCUUUUUUAUGGUUCCCUUUAAAAAAAAACAUGCAUGCAGAAUCAAUUUGGCAUUAUCGUUUUACAAUAUAAGAAAGAAUUCAGGGAAAAGGGUCCACUCACAGGUUGCUAUGAACCUUUUUGCAUCAUCUUGAAUGUUUUCCUCUAGUAUUUCACAUGAUACUUUUUUUUAUUUUUCUGUAUUUUAUUCCUUUUUUUUCUCAUCCUGUGGUGCUACAACCUUACUUGUCCUAGCUAUUCUCAAACGGGUCGGUUGUGUGUAGCAUUGUUUAUAAGUUGUUCAACUGUACCGCUUGAUUCCAAUUCGCCUUUUCCCGGAAAAAAAUAAACAUUUCUGCAAUGAAA